GGGAGGCAGUGCCGGGGAGAGACUUUAUGUAAUAAUUGGCUCUUACAUAAUGGUCUUUAGCACACCGCUUUAAUUAGCACCGCUACCGGGGGCGUCCCCAGCAGCAGCGUCGGCUGGGGAGGACCCCGAGGACGGAAGGCAGAGAGCAGGGCUGGCUCACAGCUGCUCCAGGGCUCGUCAGAGCUAACCCGACCUUAGGCAAGCGCAGGGCUAAGCGGUGUUAGUGACUCUGCUGCUGGGGGGAAAACCACAGCGCCUGGCCCUGUCAGCCAGCCGGUGUGAACGGGGGAGCUUCCUUUAAAACAACCGCUUCAAUCGGCUUUUUCAUCAAGUAAAGUCAUCCUCGUUGUAAUCUCACGUGGCUGAGAGGGGCAGGAAAAGAAAGAAGGAAAAACAGGACAGGGAAUGGACUGAAAAAGGACAACAGAAGGCAUUGUGUGUGUUGGGAGAUGCAGUGUCCCAGGAGACUUGGACAGUGAAGUGGCACUGCCUUUUCCAUCUGCUCUCCUGACAUCAGCAGUGAAAUUAUGCUGUGUCUUUGCCUGUUCUCACCAGGUCUCCAGAAUCACAGUGGUGGGGUCUGUUGGAACACGUCUGCUCUUUUCUGCGCUGCAAGGACAUUCUGUGCUACUGAAGGAAGGUGCUCCAUUACCAUGUCAAGAACUGUAUCAUCCUGGAUUUUGAGCUCAGCCAGAAGCAGCAUUGUUUCACUAGGGAAGGGACGUUGGUACUCCAUCCGUAUCCCAAACAGAAACAAGAUCAAAUGGAAGCUCAUUUUCUCCAAAACACAUCCCUACCCUGCUGGGAGCUGCAGCUUAGACAGAACUUUCUCCUUUCCCAAAGCAUUCCGACACACUUCCACCGAAGAAGAACAUUUUUCCUUCCAGUUGUCUCCAGCACAAAUCAACCACAUCCUCAGAGCAGGUGAACUAUCCCACAGAACGCUGGAUUUGAAUGGCAAGAGUGCAAAUUCCGUGCUGAGGUUUGAAAGCAACCAGCUGGCCUCCAACAGCCCCAUAGAGGACCGGCGGAGCGCAGCCACGUGCCUGCAGACGGCGGGGAUGAUGUUCGGAGUGUUCGACGGCCACGCGGGCGCCGCCUGCGCCCAGGCUGUGAGCGAGAGGCUCCUGCACUACAUCGCCGUGUCCCUCAUGCCCCGCCAGAGCCUGGAGGAGAUCGAGCUGGCCGUGGAGGCCAUGAAACCAGUGAGGCCCAUCCUGCAGUGGCACAGACAUCCCAACGAUGUGGAGUACCAGGAAAUCAGCUCGCAGUACUUUGAGAACCUCCGCGUUUACUGGCAGCACCUGCUGGACCUGGACACUGAGCCGGGCUUUAGUUUGGAAGAAGCCAUGAUUUGUGCUUUCAAAAGGUUAGACUCAGACAUAUCACUGGAAGUUCAGGCUCCUCAGGAAAAUGAGCUGAUGAGAAAUAUUGCCCUGCAAGUAGCUUUUUCUGGUGCAACAGCCUGUGUGGCUCACGUUGAUGGUGUUCACCUACACGUGGCAAACACCGGUGACUGCAGAGCGGUUUUAGGGAUCCGUGAAGAAGAUGGAACGUGGUCUACCCUCCCUCUAACCCGAGACCACAAUGCCUAUGAUGAAUUUGAAAUUAGAAGAUUGAAGAGGGAACAUCCUAGAUCUGAGGAGAAAACCCUAUUUGUGAAUGACAGAUUACUGGGGAUUCUUAUGCCCUCCAGAGCUUUUGGAGAUGUGCAAUUAAAAUGGAGUAAAGAACUGCAGCACAGCAUUCUCGAGAACAGCUGUGAUGUUGAGGCUCUAAACAUUUAUCAGUACGUUCCUCCAAACUACCAUACCCCCCCUUACUUAACUGCAGAGCCUGAAGUCACAUACCACAAGUUAAGAAGCAAGGAUAAGUUUCUCGUUAUUGCUUCGGAUGGGCUAUGGGAGAUGCUGAGCAAUGAGAAGGUUGUAAAACUUGUUGCUGGACACCUUACAGAACUCAACAUGCACAAACCACCGCUGACUUUUAAGAAGCCAGUUAAUUUGGGUUACAUGCACAACUUGUUGCUGCAGAGGAAGAGCAAAGGCCUGGCCUCCCUGGACCAAAACAUCGCCACCCAUCUGAUCCGGCACGCAAUCGGCAGCAACGAGUACGGCGAGGUGGACCCGGAGAAGCUGGCUGCCAUGCUGACCCUGCCUGAGGACCUGGCCAGGAUGUACAGGGACGACAUCACAGUCACCGUGGUGUACUUCAACUCAGAAACCAUUGAAGAUUACUACAGGAACCACAAGUAGAGCCUUGCGCUGCUGCAAUUCAAUACCACUAGAGAACUUCAAUACUGAACCUUUCCUCUUGCUCUCUGGUAGUCCGGCUGCUACCAGUGUCUCCAAGUUGUUCUGUUUCCAUGUCUUUUUUUGUUACUUACUGGCUUUGAAAAUAACUUUCUAAAAGGUGAAAUUUCCCUGGGUUUCCAGGUUUGUAUACACUGAAGAAAAAUGUUUUCAUAAAACCUCACUGAAAUGUGACAGAGCUAAAAAUUGUGGACCAGUUCUGAUUCCAUGAGAACCUCUGGCAAAACUUUCCAAUGAACAAAUAAGGCAGAUUUCAUUGAUGCUAGUACAGUUUAAUAGAGGUGGGUAAUAGGUGUAGCUGCAUGGAAUGUCAGGCUCUGCUCUUGUGGAGAAUGAAUGGCAUCCUAUUGAAGCACUGUAACUGAAUUAAAUAAAUUAACUACCAAACCUUUUUUGGAUGUGUCAGAUAUUUUAACAAAUUGCCCCAUAUCUAUAAAACAACACGAAAGAGGGCUGUUGGAAGAGCCUUGGGAUUGUCAGAUGUCUUUCCUGACUCUCUUCCUUAAGCAAGGGAAAAACUGUGUCUUCUUGUGCAGCUCUUGUCAAGUGGGAAUUCGUAUUCUCUUUACUCUGUGUGACAGCUUAGAGUUCAAACGCUUGAGAGUCUUCACAAUUCCCUGCUCAGGAUUUUACAGUACUAGACUUAAACAUUUGAGUGUUUCACUUAAACAAUGUACACUUCAUUAAGUAUUGAUCUAUGAAGUGCUGUGCAUCAAAUCCACCAAAUGUAUUUGUAAUUAAAUACAGUUUAAUAAACUAAACUGUAAUUUAAAUUGUUUGUCAGAUCUAGAAGUUCAGAAAUUCACCUAAAAGUGAAUACAGUGAAAGAGAGCACCUUUCUCUCCAGAUUUAACUUAGAAGAAAUAACAGUGCUGAUACUUCUCCAAAGUAGGUUUAAUCUUUCAUUCUUGCUUUUCUUUACAGGUACAGAGUUAUUUUCCCUAAUGAAUGUAUGUUUUAGUCUCUGAACAUACACAAAAGUGUAUCUUACAAUGGUUUUCUUUUAUACUGAGCUUUCCAGAGUGCCAUCCAAGCUUGCAAAUCAGCUUUUACAUAUGGUGUUUUCUGGUGCCUCUUCCUUGUUUACACUCAGCAGGAACUGUUUCCCACAAGGAUGUGCACACUGGGAAUAUAGACCUGUUUACUGUUAUUGCUGCUGAGUAAGAACUCUUGUGGGUGCAGCAGAGGCAAUAAAAAUACUGCUUAUUUUCUUAAUGUCACUUAAAGGCAUUAUCCUUCUACCAUUUAGCAGAUGAAAAAGUUAUUUUUUUCCUCAAGAUCUUAAGCAGACAAGGUCAUGGGGCUUCAAUUGUGGAUUUGGGGCUCUUUGUGUACUUUUCCUUAUACAUAAAAUUUGACUGUACACAUGCUUUUGGCUAUUCAGGAUUGACUGUAAUUCAGUGCUACAAUUGCAGUCACUAAAUGCAUCCCUAAACUUCUGAA